AACGGGCGAGGGCGGAUCGUGCCGGCUCGGAAGGCACACCGGGCGGGUUGCUGGCUUGCUGCGCGCACAAGCGAGGCGGCGACGAAGCGAAAACGAAUUAAGCAACAACCGUUACCUGACAUUAGAUCUAAGAUCGCCCCCCCCUACUCACUGGAUCCGAGGGAGCUGAUCCCGCCGCCCCCCCUCCUCGAGCUGCCCCAAAGGAAUUCGUAAUAAUUACGCACGGAGCCGGGAGGUGCAUUAGAAACCAGAGGAGCGGGACGAGGCGCACGAAAGGGGUUUGAAGGCGCGCUUUGGAUACCGCGAUCAUGGCGCUGGAUUUCCUCGCAGGCUGCGUAGGAGGUGCUGCUGGCGUGUUGGUAGGACAUCCAUUCGAUACUGUUAAGAUGACAGAUAAGCCUCAUCACGGGAGAGUUACCUAGUACGCCUUCAAGUUCAAAAUGUGGAGAAGCCACUUUACCGGGGGACCUUGCACUGUUUUCAGUCCAUCAUAAAGCAAGAGACGACCCUUGGACUUUACAAAGGCAUUGGGUCACCUAUGAUGGGACUUACCUUCAUCAACGCCCUUGUGUUCGGCGUUCAAGGGAACACACUCCGUGCUCUCGGAAAGGACACUCCAAUGAACCAGUUCCUUGCUGGUUCUGCGGCCGGCGCCAUCCAGUGUGUCAUCUGCUGCCCCAUGGAGCUGGCUAAGACGCGGAUGCAGCUGCAAGGGACGGGCGAAUAUAAGCUGAAGUCCAAGAACUACAAAAACUCCCUGGACUGCUUGGUCAAGAUCUACCGGAAGGAAGGGCUGAAAGGCAUCAACCGGGGAAUGGUCUCCACGUUCAUGAGGGAGACGCCAAGCUUUGGGUUCUACUUCCUGACAUACGACUGCCUCACCAGGUACUUGGGAUGCGAGGCAGAGGACAGUUACAUCAUCCCCAAACUGCUCUUGGCGGGAGGCAUGUCUGGGAUCGUCUCCUGGCUCUCGACGUACCCCGUAGACGUGAUCAAGUCUCGCCUCCAAGCAGACGGAGUCGGCGGGAUUGUGCGCUACCAGGGCAUUCUGGACUGCGUCAGGAAAAGCUACCACGCCGAAGGCUUGAGGGUGUUCACAAGAGGCCUCACCUCCACGCUGCUUCGAGCUUUCCCCGUGAAUGCUGCCACUUUUGCCACAGUCACCGUGUUCCUCAUGUACAUGAGGUCGGAAGAGAACCAGAUCCGAGGCGAUCUAAGUGGAUGUGAGGCUGGCCCGGCGAUCCAGCAGCCUUCAAGCUUUUAGAUUCCCGAACGGAAGCAAGUGAUCUUCUUUUUAUUUUCUUUUUUCCUUUUUUUUAAAAAAAAUAUCUGGAUGUAGAAACUGUAAAUUUCUGUCUGUAUAAAGCAUCCUUUUAUCGUUA